CGGAACGUCACUACUAGCAACCAAGAUCAUUUUUCCACACGGACAAUAAUAACAGCAGAACGAAAUGGCCAUGUCUCUGCUCAGGUUAGGUCGUCUUGGAUCUGUCAAGUGUCUUCUGCGUGAAGGCUGGAUCCCACCAAAAACCCAGUUUGCUGCAGCUCUGUGUACCAAAGCGGACGUCCCACCGAAAACACCGAAAAAGGGAAAGGCUUCAAGUAAGACCAUAGAGGCAGAUGAGAGGGCAUCUCUUCUAGCCUACAAGCCUGCAGUUGCCUUCCCUUCUAAACUGGUUGUCGCAGGAUUUCUUUCCAAAGAUGUACCACUAGGUGAAUCUGAAUCUGCUGAGGCCGCUUUCACAACUCCUUCAAGUGAGACGACAACUGACAGUUCUCUAGCCGAUACGGCAGCAGCUGAUGUUGCUGUAGAAGAGUUAAAGAUCACUGAAAUCCCAGCUACUGGUAAAGCCACUACAGAAGGUGAGAGAAGUAAGACCUUGGAUCCUGACUCAGAAGCUCAGAAAGAUGAUGAAGAUACCUCGUCCUCAUCCUCCAGUGACUCUGAUUCAGACUCGGACUCUGAUGAUGAGGAACCUAAGACUGAACCACCACAACAGACUGGUGAGAAAGCAGAGGAGAAGAAGGGUUCUGGUGUGGCAAAUGAACAAGUUGAUCUUGCAGACAAGAAAGCAAAGCCUGUAUCUGCCUCGUUUGAAAAAGAAUGUGUUGAAACUGUGACUAAACCAACACCAGAAGGGCCUGAUCCAAGUGCUAAACCAGUUGGAUCAGCAGAGACCCUUGUUGAUCCUGCUCCUAUAGUGUCUUCCUCAGCAACUGAAGCAAUUCCCGAUCCUGCUCCUAAAGUGUCUUCCUCAGCAACUGAAGCAAUUCCUGAUCCUGCUCCUAAAGAGUCUUCCUCAGCAACUCAAGCAAUUCCUGAAGCUCCCGGAGAUUCUCUGAAUGUUGGCACUCCUGACAAUAUAGCAGAAAUCACAGCCAAAGGAGUUAAAACUGUUCCUAAAGAGGAACCAAUAAUCAAAGUAGAAGAGGCUUCCAGAGUUGUCCAAGAAGUCUCUACAGAAGCUAGUCCUGGAGCUAGUCCUCCUGAGGCUCCUGGAAAUGUUGCACCUAAAUCUGAGGAUCUCUCGGCUAAAGCUGAGGCAGGAGGCCCACCAGCCCCUUCAGAAGAGCUGGUAGACCCUGCGCCUGUAGCUGCUGAUGCUGUCGGGGCACUGGCUCAGACAGACAUUGUGGAAACGCCUGAGGAACAAGCCCCAGAGAAAGCCCCAGAGCCGGAGCCUGAACCCUUCGACAACACCACCUACAAGAACCUGCAGCACCACCACUACAACAUGUACACCUUCACUGAUAUGGAUGUGGAGAUGGCCAAAUACCGUCUGCCCCAGCCUUCCUCAGGCCGACCCUCACCCAAACACUGAGUCUUCACUGCAUGGUCUGAGUUAUUGCUACCUUUUGUCCACAACCCUGUUUAUUCAUCAUGUUCUUUUGUUCUUGCAAUGAAUUGCUGACAAAUCUCAAGCUCUGUGGUAAAAUUCUGCAAAUAGUGUAUUAAAACAGAUGACUUAACUGA